AUGAGCCUGAAUAAUUGAAUACGAAGAGACAGAUUAACCAUACAAGAAGGUAAUGUACAGAAAGUAUUCCCUUCGAGACAUGUUGGAAGGAGAAUUGCAGAUCAAUCCGACGAUUCGACACGCCGUCCCGAGCACGCUUCGGACCGUCACGUAUCGUCAGUAGCGCCACCAUCGUUUGUAGUGGACUAGACCGGUAAUCAUCUCCCGUAGCAGCGACAUAGAGGACCGUGUAACGAGUUAAGCGCAUUGCAGGCAAUGGUUCGAGCAUAGACAUGAUAAUCCUAGACAGUGAGGCUGCCAGUUCGGGUGGCUGAGAGCGGUAAUGCUCCAUCUCGUCAUGAACCGUAGGUCCCACAUACCCGGGCAGGAAAUGUCUUACUCGUGUUGCAAGCUUAUCCCUGUCGGGCCACCCCUCAACUUUGCGCUGGAACGUCGAUGUGGCUUGAUGUUGGCGGAAGUCGGCUCGGCACACCCGCGUGCCACGUCUCUCGACUGCACUUGGAGCAGGAAACGAGAAGCCUGGGGUGAGCCCGUCGCAUUCUGCAUGCACUUGGCAGGUACGCAAUGAGGUUGUAGACAUACUGCCUAAAGUGUCUUGGCGAGGCGUGACCGCCUAUUUGUCCAGCCUCACGGUCAGCGCGAUAAGGGUCGCGUAGGCGGCAAUGCUAAGGGCCGUCAACACCACCACGGCAUUUCCACUAGUUCUGAACUUGUGACGAAUGCCAUCUUCCCCUAUCUCGGAAAAGAAUUGCCGGUUGCCUUGUUGACGGCGGAAGAGUCCGAUGAUAAGCACGCCCGUGCCGUAGAUGGCGAAAAGCGCUCCAGUGCUAUAGAACUCGCUGGUGAAGAUCUUCAAUACCACCAGGGCGAAAGAAAAUUGGGAUAAAGCUGUACGGAUGUAGGCGCCUUCGAAAGUCCGCUGCGCUGCUCGUACUUCGACAAUCUCAUCCGAAGUUAGCGCGACUGUGCGGGCACGGUGCAUCCGCAGCCGGUAACGGUCCGCGGCGCGACGCUGGAGCCAGUCAGUACAGAGACAUCAUUAUAG